AUUGCCUGUUCAUCCCUGUACAGUUGCGGACCAUUCCAUUUACGUAAUGCGUGGUCCGAGGUGUUCGAACGUGAAGUCAGAGAAUCGGAGUGCUCACGAUCCGAUGACUGUCAUCUGUAUGGCAGUCGUGUCGCCUCGUUCUCCGGUCAUACCGCCCGAAUUACUUCAAUCGAUGUAUUCUCCACCGAGGGUUCCUUCCUCACCGCUUCGCAGGACAGAACCGUGCAAUUAUGGUCCUUAUCUGAUUCAUAUAAUCCCAUCCAUACAACUACAGAUCCACUUCCGCCCACCUCAAAGUCUGUCAGUUCGAACCCAGUGGCCGCCUCUAGCAUGCAUGAACUGCUCUCCUCUUCUACGGGACGUAACACACCCGUCGGCCACAGCUCCGGACAUCAAGCAUCUCUCGCUCGGUUAAUCUAUCGGGAACAUCGUAAACCAGUGUUCGGUGCGGUCUAUUUACCAACGUACAGGCUGGUUGCCUCUAUUGAUGGACAGCUUAUACUUUGGGAUCCUUGUACCGGUCAAAAGGUUCAUUCCGGUUUGACGACCGUUCUAAACCUAACCGCCCUCGCACGCUGCUCUGUGCCCGGUGGAGCAGUUCUCUGUGCAGAUGAAAAUGGGUACGUGCAUCUCAUUGACCCCCGUGUGUCCGGAUCGGGCAGUCAAAGUGCCUUGCGGUUGAACAGUGGCUGUUCUUUGGCAUCCGAUUCAUUGGCUCGUUCUCGGNGGGGAGCAGGGUAUUAUGCAUCUGGAAUCCGUGGCACUAACCGGAGUCCGUCUCCGCAAACAUGCAAACCAGACACACAGGAGGAGUUGAAUUCUCGUGCCAGGGUGUUCCCAAAACACACCCCUGUCCGAAACAAAAUGUGGCAUCGUUACUAUUGUCGCCGUGAAAAGAAUAUCGAUGAAUAA